AUGACGACCUCAAAAACACCCGACUCGUUUCAAGCGCACAAGGCCAGGAAGCGCCUUGAUCAAUUUUCCACCGACUUGGAAACGGCCAUAAACCAUGCGACAAAAUUCAAACCUUAUCGAAAGACAGCUGUAAUCGCCUUUCACUGGGAGAAUGAUGAUAUAGGGGUCGAGCCUCUCGAGAGAGAACUCCUAGACGUCUUCAAAUCUGUUUAUGGAUUUGAGACCGAGAGUUUCACGAUUCCGCUUAUCGAGUCCCAGUUCAAACUUCUAGAAUGUCUUGUUUCCUGGUCACGACGAAGUUCUGGAGAAGAUACGCUCCGGAUUUUUGUUUACUCAGGGCAUGCGGGGUUUGCUGGAACAGUGGCCAGUCGCUGGGACUUGGCCGGCAAAUGCGAUCAGUAUACCGGUAACCUGCAAGGUCCUAACCUCAACUGGUGGGAAAUUCGUGGCUACCUCGAACAAUACACGGGCGAAGUUUGUUAUCUUUUUGAUUGUUGCUCCGGAGGAUCAGGGGCCUUGAGCGCGUACCACGGCGCAGAGUUUAUGGCAGCCUCUACCUGGGAUCAGACAGCAGUGUUGAAUGUCCAUUUCUCCUUCACCCGAAUUCUCAUCGACGAGCUCCGUCAGUUAAACGGUCAGGCUGAGACGCUGGCUAGUAUCUAUGCCCGAAUUUUCCGCUACGCACAGCAGAAUCAGAUUGGGGCUGCACCAAUCCAUAUCCCUAAACCGAAUUCGCCAAGCGUGACUAUCGGUUGUAAUCGCUCAAGGCCGGUCACAAGAAGCGUCGACCGAGAGUCUUACAGGGUGCUACUUAGCAUCAAAGUCCGGGAAGAGAUUCCCCUAGAUUUCACCCAAUGGAAAGAAUGGCUUACUCGCAAUAUUCCUGCUAACGUUUUGUCCACUAAUGUCACUGUCGAAGGAGCAUUUCGAGGCUCUAGUCUCCUUCUUUUCACGGUUCCUAUCGAGAUCUGGACUAUGAUACCGGCUGAUGACCCAUCCUACACAUUUAUUGGACACGUUACGUCUCAUAAUCUCCUGUCCCAACAACCGACUCAAACAAGCACACUAACAAGCACACUACCAAUGCACUCUGGCGCUCCAUCUGGAAGAGAAAACCAGCCACCGCGAAGCCCCAACAGAAAGCCGUUCGGUAGUCCUAAGCGUUGA